UUCAUUUCUGGUUUUCUAAGUCAGAUCUGACUGCAUUUUGGUUGAAUUCCUGAAAUGGGUCAGUUAGCGUUUUGCCUUCUUGUCUGGGUCCUUUUGGUUGCUUUUCCUAUGAAAUAUGCAAAUUUGGGAUUUAUCUGCUUGUCUUUGUGGAUCAUUUUGGUCGAGUAGCUGAAGAAUAGCGUGAAAUAUGGUGUUAACUGCUGUGCUGUAAUGUAAUUGGUGUUUUAUCUGCUCUGUCUAGAUAAUUUUUGCAGUUUCCUGAAUUGUUUCAAUUGAUCAACUUGUGUGAUGUAUAUAUAUUAGGCUAACUUUUAUCUUCUGUAUAUAUAUUGGCAUGACUUUGUACAUUGGUGAUUGGUGUUAAAGCCUCUGCUUCCUAGGCUUCUGCUUGUGUGUUUUAGGUUCUGUUUUUAGACCACAUUUCUGUACAGCACGUCAACCCAGAGGUUUUCUCAUUUUCAACUGAGAGGCCCGACCUGUGGGUCCUCUCCUUCUAUCAGUGUAUCUUUUCUCCCCUUUAAUUCAAUGUUAACUUUAUCAAAAAAAAAAAAACUUUUAUCUUCUGUUUUCUGGCGAUGCUUUCAUUUUUUCUGCUGAUGCUUUCAUUUUUUGAUAUCCAUUUAGAGUUUUGAACUGUUUACAUAAAUAAUAUCUGUUCACAUUUUGGGAUUUUGGGACCAUUUUGGAGAUUUGAACAGUUAAAUAUAUAAGUAGUAUCUGCUCGUUUCGGUGUAAAAAGGUAAUUCCUCAUACAAUGUUAGAGGUCUAUGGAUGUUUUAAUGAAUUUCCCAUGUUAAAAUGCAAAUUUGAGUUUUAUAAUUCCGUAUUUCAUUUUCUUGGAUUGUGUUGGAAGAUUUGUCAUAUGUAACACUUGAAAGGGGGAUUUUUCUGCUUGUGUUGGGUAUGUGGUUAGUUAGUUUGGAGGAUCUUGCAAUACAAUGGAUAUGGUUGUUUCAUUAGUUAUGUUUGUUUUUGUUUUAUUGUAGUUUGUAUAGAUUGGGGAGCACACCCUUUUUGUUUUUUGUUUCACAACAUUGUUUUCGUAUUUGCAAUAUUAUUAUGUUUAUUGAAAGGGUAAUGUGUUUCUGUUCAUGCUUUGAUGUUUACAGAACAGAACUUAGGAAUCUGGUCUUCUGUUCAUCUCUGUGUUUCUGGUAUAAAAUUUAUAUCUCAUAACCUUUUUAAGAGCUUUUGAUGGCGUCUUCAUGAAACCCUACAAGUUCCUUUUACAGUGAAGUAUCUCUCUAUGGAGAGGGGAACAUUUUCUCACUUGUGAAACCAUGUGUCAACAUUCAUCCGAGAUUAAUAAUUAUAAGUGUAUUUGAUUACUAUAUGUUUUUUGACAUUCAUAUUGAGAUAUCAACACAGAAUACAGCUCUUGUACUGUGUUUAGAAUAUUAGAUUUGGAGACUGAAAAUUAUAUAGAUGGGACUGUGGGACCUUUUCAGUGUGUCAUGUUCAUUAAAACAGAUAGCUGAGAUUUGAUUCCUUUAGAUGGAGUGCUCUAGAAAGUGAUUGUUAGUAACUUUGUUGACAAUUAAGUGAUUCUUAGUAACUUUGUUGACAAUCUUAUAUUGUUUUGUACAUUAACUAUGCUAAGAAAUUCUUUCUUAUAAUUCUUUCUUAUAUCAGUUCUUGAUUAUUUUUUAUAAAUUCUUAAUGUGAUAUACAAAAAGAAGUGGGCGAAGUGGCAAAUGUGACUUAUUUUGAUAAGUCAAAUGAGUACAAUGUAUUUUUUUUUUAAUUUAAUGUGGGGAUAUGUGCUGCAGAUGAUUACCUGUAUACAUAUAUUUCAUGCUUUGUACACCCUAGUGAUUGUUGGUCCCGGAUUUUUCUUUUUGAGUUUAUUUGGAUAUAGGUAAAUUGCGACAGUUUUUAAGUGCUUACGAAAUUGGUGUUUGUUAAGGUACCUGAAAAUAUUGAUAGGGUUGUCUCCGAACCAGCAUUCAGUUUUGUGGACCUGAAUGUGCUUUUCUUGCCUUGCAUAAAAAGGAACUUUUGUUUUCCCUAGUAUUUUCAGAUGGGAAAUCUAUGAUGAAAAAAACUCUGUUGUGUGUCCUUAUGCCAUGCUAAGCUGCCACCGUUUUUCAAUUUUAACUUUGCCCUACUAAAAAAGGGCUGCUUGUCCUAUUAUCUUUGUGGGAAGAUCUAAAAUUAUAUUAUCAGCAAACAAAUUAAAUUGCCUUUUAGGUGCAGAUGCGAGGCAGAUGCCAGAAGUACCCUGCGAAAAGUUUGAAAUUGAGUCGAGGAUGGUGGGAAAACUUGGAAAGUAGCUUUGGUUUUUAUGACAAGACAAUUUUUUUAAUGCUUAUCUACUUUUUGACUGGCAUUUCGUGCAUUUGGUAUUGAACUUAUGUAGUAUGGCAGAUCAGAGUAAUUCGAAAUGCAUUUGUUUGUUGUAUGGUGCUUUUUAGGAUUUCUAAUUUUUUUUGUGAAAUAUGUUAACUUGAUUUCUAAUAUUUGAGAACUACUUCUUGUGUCAAUUGGUAAAUGUUGUUCUCAUGUUGCGGGGGCCAUUUAGUGAAUUUUGCUCUAUUAUAACUGCUGUUAUAUACUCAUUAGGAAAGUGCGUAAUGCAGUAAGCAGGCUUAUUUGUUUUUUAUCCAUGUGUUCUUGGAAUUAGUUGGAAGGGUUGUAGACUUGAAGUUUCUUAGUCACUUGCGGUGUUCGAUUUGUUUAAUCUAUAAUUGGAAAGGAGCUCAACUUUUUCAUCCUUGAUAUUUCAGAGUUCUUUGCUUAAUAGGAUUUUCUGAAGAUGUGUUCCUCUUGCUAUCAGGAGAGGAUGUUUUGGCCCUUGCUCUCUUGUGUCAAUCUUUAGUAGCAACCUUGUUACGAAGAUAUGUGCAAUAUGCCUUGGGAUGAUGAAGCCGGGCAAUGGGCAUGCCAUCUUCACAGCAGAGUGCUCCCACUCCUUCCAUUUUAACUGCAUUGCCUCCAGCUUCAAGCAUGGCAACCGCCUCUGUCCUAUGUGCCGGGCCAAAUGGAAAGAUAUUCCCUUCCAAUCCCCCUCUCCUUCUGACCCCCUCCAUCGUAGGUCCCGUGUCAACCCCUUGGUGGUGGAACCUGCCACCUCUUUUCCUGACCUUAACCCCCACCUUUCUCCUCACCGAACCCACUACGACCCCACCGACCCUUACACAACCCUUGAGCCCGAGCCUGACUCCUUCUCUGAUGACGAGCCCUUAGAGCUCACCACCGAGCCCAGUACUGAGCUUGCCGCUGUAUCAAGAAGCCGAGAAGCCAUGACCAUUGAGACCCACCUUGAGUUCCCAGCUGUACCUGCUUCUGAAGCAUCUGAUGCUUUCACUGUUUUGGUUCACCUACGAGCCCCAUGCCUGGCCUUUUCCGGUGAGUCCCUUGACCGGGUCCCAAUUGACCUGGUCACUGUGCUCGACGUGAGUGGUAGCAUGGCAGGCACAAAGCUCGCUUUGCUAAAGCGAGCUAUGGGUUUCGUGGUCCAAAACCUUGGGCCCACCGAUAGGCUGUCUGUUGUGGCAUUCUCGUCAAAUGCAAGGAGGCUGUUCCCUUUGACAAGGAUGAGUGAGCAGGGGCGGCAGAGGGCUCUGAUGGCGAUCAAUGGGUUGACAUCGUGCGGGGGUACCAAUAUUGUGGAUGGGCUGCGGCAUGCGGCCCGCGUGCUUGAGGAGCGGACACGAGCUCGCAACCCCGUCUGCAGCCUUGUGCUCCUCUCCGAUGGGCAGGACACCUACAACUCUGUAGGUGCCUCCCCCCACAGCUCCACCCCCUCUGACCAGAUCCUCUCUCUCCUCCCUCCCUGUCUCAAGCGGGCCUCACACGAGGGUUUGGCUAACGUCCCAGUUCACACAUUCGGGUUCGGCUCUGAUCAUGACGCCAAUUGCUUGCACUCCAUAUCUGAGGCCUCUGGGGGGACUUUCUCAUUCAUCCAGGCUGAGUUGGCAAUCCAAGACGCAUUUGCUCGGUGCAUUGGUGGUCUACUUAGUGUUGUGCUGCAAGAGCUCAGGGUGGAGGUGGGACGUGCCUCACCGGGAGUGAGCAUUGCAUCGGUGCAAGCAGGUAACUACACGAGCACGGUGAGUGACGACUCAGGAAUGGCCACCGUGCAUUUUGGUGAUCUCUAUGCUGAGGAGGAAAGAGAUUUCUUGAUUCAGUUGAGGCUGCCCUCUCUCUCUCUACCCUCCGAUGAGCCUGUGGGGGUCCUGAAAGUUGGUUGCUGGUACAAGGACCCCGUGACUUUUGCAGUCAUGAGAGCAGAGGGUGAAACGGUCAGUAUUCCCCGGCCGGUAAGUGUGGGGCCUGACCAAAGGCUCACUUGUGUGAAGGUGGACCGGCAGCGGAACCGGCUACGGGCUGCCGAGAGCAUUGCCGAAGCACGGGAGAUGGCAGAGCGUGGUGAUUUUGAGGGGGCCCAUGAGGUGCUUGCACGGCGGCAGGCAGCUAUCCGUGCUUCACGGGCUGCCUGUGCUGGUGACGGGCUCUCGGGGCUCCUCGAUGUCGAGCUCGGGCGCAUGCGGGACAACAUGGCGACCCAACGUGUGUACGAGCAAUCAGGGAGGGCAUAUGCUCUUUCAGGUUUGAGCUCGCACUCAUGGCAGCGGGCAACAACGAGAGGGGGAGGCGAUAGCAGUGAGGGGUAUCAGACGACAGCAAUGACAGAGAUGCUCGCAAGGUCGCAAACGCUAACAUUUGCGUCGGCAUCGGUGUCGCUUUCAGCUCCAUUGCCCCCAGAGGGGGUCCCACGCCGGAGGCUAGCGCCGACGAGGUCGUGCAAGAUGCCGUCAAGGCGGUGGGGCGGGUGAAUAAAUAUUUGUCUUUUGUCUAUUUGUUUGUGAUUUUUGUUUUUCUUUUCUUUGGGGGGUAAUUUUUGGAUCUAUGAUUUUUGUCUUCCUUUUCGCUAAGCGAAUCUCUGAAUUUUUUGUGGUUGUAUAUAGAAGAAAACAUAAGGGGAAUUAUGGCAUCAUUGAGUUUCU